UUUCCACAAAGAACCGGAGUGGUCAACAGAACAACAGGCACAGAAAAGAGUUAAUGAAAUAUAGUGGACUGGACUAGAACAAGUUGAUGAACAGAACAUCACCGUUACAGUGUUGCAAUAGAGAUGCACACAUUCUGUGAUCUAAAGGUUUAGAGUGGUGAGUCAGCCCUCUGCGGAGCUGAACCCCUCUCCUCACAUACAGAGCGCAGAGCUGCUAGACAAGGUGUUCUCCAGGAGUGUUGUCACCCUCCACCGCUCUAUCCAGCCCCUCUAGGCUGAGAGGAUCAGAUUACUACACAACAGGAUCCACACUCCUCUGGACAGGAUCUCCUUUUUGUUUACUGUGAAUGAGGAGGGGUGGUGAUGAUGUCAGAGGACAGCUGUGGCCGAAUAUGCUGUAGGGGGAUGUAUAGCUGCUACUGGAGGCACCCCAGUGACAGGAACCAAAAAUGCUCCUGCUGCUGGUUGUCAGUCCUUACCGCUGUGUCCAUCCUCACUCUGUUCUGGAUGUACAUCUGUCUGAUGGCUUACAAUGACCGCGACGAUGUCAACUGGAAGGUAUUUUCCAUUCUGAAACUGUGGGUGAACUGGUUCAUGGUGCUAAUCAUCAUCUCUGCUGUACUGACCAUCUACUGCACCCUAUUACUGGUCUUUGCACUGUUCCAACUUGCCUUGAAAGUGCCUUUGGACUUACACAGUCUCCACAAGUUGUUCCUGUUUUUAGGAGUGGUCUUCGUCGCCUUGGGCACCACUGGAAUAAGCCUAAAGUGGGGAAAAGAGUGGCACACUGUUCUUCUGUCACUACAGGCCACCGCUCCGUUCCUACAGAUGGGAGGGGUUGGAGCCCUGACCCUGGUCAGCUGGCUGGUGUUCCAGGGCUUCCAUAGGACCCGCAGAGUAGCCUCUAAGAUCCUCAUCAUGGCAGUGUUUGUUGGCGUGUCAGUGGCAAUGUUCCUCAGCCCCCUACUCAUCCAAUCCCCUUGUCUGGUGGAGAAGGAACAGCUGCCCCGUAAACCUAACCUCAUUGGUCAUCGAGGAGCACCAAUGCUGGCCCCAGAGAACACCCUGAUGUCGUUCAUUAAGAGUGUGGAGUGCGGCGUGAUCGCCUUCGAGACGGACGUGCAGCUCAGUAAGGACAGAGUUCCUUACCUGAUGCAUGACCACAACAGCCAUUUCCUGAGGAGGACUACAGAUGUUCUACAGAAGUUCCCUGGGAAAGACUUGAACCACAGCACAAACCUCACCUGGGAGGAGCUACAGGAAUUAAACGCUGGUGAUUGGUUCCUGAAGACAGAUCCAUUCCGCUCAGUGUCCCAGCUCUCAGAGCAGGAGAAGAAGACAGCUGGGAACCAGAGUGUUCCCUCCCUUCUGCAGCUGCUGGACCUGGCCAAGACUCAUAACACCUCUGUCAUCUUUGACUUGAAGAAUGACGACAACAAUGACACUAACGACACUGUGAACACCAUCCUCAACUCUAGCAUCCCCCAAGACCUGAUCCUCUGGCUUCCCCCUAAACACAGGGAGUAUGUGAGGGAGUUCGCACCAGGGUUCAAGCAGGUCUACAACACUGUGUCUGAUAUGAACCGUGACGGAGCAGAUUAUCUGAAUGUCAAAUACAGUGCGUUGAGCACCGCAGAGAUCGGGGAGCUUCGGAACAGGAACGUGACGGUAAACCUGUGGGUGGUGAAUGAACCAUGGCUCUUCUCUCUGCUGUGGUGCUCGGGGGCCAGCUCUGUGACCACCAACGCCUGCUCCCUCCUAAAGGACAUGUCCCAGCCUGACUGGACAAUGAGACCUGAUAUAUACAGAAUUAUAUGGAUCACAGUGGACCUGGUGUCAUUGCUCAUAAUGUUUGCAGUUUUCAUCUUACAGAGGGAAAAAGCAAAUAAAGGGAUUUUCUGCCUGGAAUCAGAGAGAACUAUCCCCCUUCUUACCCUCUGAAUAGUUCAGCCUGGAUCCAGAAAUCCACCCCACCCCACCUUACCAUCUGUAUGGCUCAGCCUUGAAUCAGGAAGUAAUUAAGCUAAUUGAAAAGACAGUAUCAAAAGAAUGUGUGGUUCACAUGCAUAAAGUACAUUUUACAUUCAUCAUGAGAAUUUAUGAACAAAGGUGCAAAUACCACAUCCACAUGUUGCCGUAGGAUGGCCAUUUUAUUUGCUUUUAAUUCAAGAAGUCAUUUCAUAGUCAUUUUAUUUCAAUAUAUUUUAGAUGCUUUUUGUGACCAUUUGUAAAUAGGGUUUUCCUAUAGAAAAUGUUUGUGUGACACUGUAUUUUUUUUUUUAUAUACACUGUAUACAUGAAGUUUAGUCUUAUUUGGAAACUACUGGUGUUGUGUUCACUGAUAAAUGUCAGCACUAUUUCCACUGGGGGUUACAUUCUGAAUGAGAGAUUUACAAAAUGAUCAAAAAUCAUCUUAUAUCAUAUUUUUGAUAAAAUCAUAUCCGUA